AUGACGGCGGAGCGCAAGGUGGUCCGGGCGCGGAGCUGUCUGUCCGAGUGCCUGCGUUAUCGGAACGGAACGGACGGAGGAGCGGCCGGAGGGCAGGCGCCGGCGCAGGGCGGGCCGGAUGGGCGGACGGCCGCGCCGGCUGUCAGGAUCAGCCGCUCGAGCAGCGUCUGCUGGUCCCGUUCGCACGGGCGCCCCGGCAGCGGCGACGUGGGCUUCGAGAUCCAACAGAUUCUCUCCAGCGACUGCGAGACGGACCGCAGCGCCGUGUUCGGCUGCUCCCCGCCGAUGCGGGCCCUCAACCCGCUGUCGCGCGACGGGCAGUUCCGGCGCUGCGCGGCCAUACAGCAGCCGCAGGGGUUUGGCGUGCCGGACCUGCUGCCGGCCGUGAAGGGCCCCGUGGACGCGUGCGCGGCGGUUCUCCCACAUGCCUGA